AUGCUAAAGCUAAUUCCAUUUUUGUCUUUCCUUAUUCUUGUGGCCUUUAAUGAAUUGGCUUUAUCUUCAUUUGAAGAAAGGAUAGAAGGGGUUAUGAUGGAUAGUUUUGAUCUUUUGGGUGGUUUUGAUUAUGAUUCUUCUUCUUAUAAUAAAAUGGUGGUUGAUGUGGAGGAUUAUGGAGCUAAAGGUGAUGGAAGAGAUGAUAGUGAGGCAUUUGAUAAGGCAUGGAGAGUAGCAUGUUCUUCAUCAAAACCAGUUACUUUUAUAGUUGCAAAUGAUAAGAAGUACAAACUGAAACCACUCACUUUCCAAGGGCCAUGUAAAUCCAAUGUCAAAGUGAUGAUCGAAGGAUCGAUUGAAGCGUCUUCAGAUCGAUCGGACUGGAAUGGAAAGAAUCAAAGACAUUGGUUACUCUUUGAUGAGAUAAAUGAUCUUGAAGUUGGAGGUGGUGGAACUAUCAAUGGAAAUGGAAAAAUAUGGUGGCAAAACUCAUGCAAGAUUAAAAAAUCACUUCCUUGUCAUGACGCACCUACGGCAAUGACAUUCUCAAAAUGUAAGAAUUUGAAGGUGAAUGAAUUGAGUAUAAAGAAUAGUCAGCAGAUUCAUAUAUCAUUUGAAAGAUGCAGCAAUGUUCAUGCCUCUCAACUUUCAAUUAGUUCACCUGAAUCAAGUCCAAACACUGAUGGCAUUCAUGUUACCGGCACUCAAAACAUAAAUAUAACCAAUUGUGUCAUUCAAACAGGAGAUGACUGUAUAUCAAUAGUAAGUGGAUCACAAGGAGUGAAAGUCAUGGACAUAACUUGUGGUCCAGGUCAUGGCAUCAGUAUUGGAAGCUUAGGAUCUCACAACUCAGAAGAUCAUGUUUCUGAUGUGCUGGUGGACACAGCCAAGCUCACUAACACCACAAAUGGUGUCCGGAUCAAGACCUGGCAGGGAGGCAGCGGCUAUGCAAAACACAUAAUUUUUCAGAAUAUAAAUAUGAAAAAUGUUAAAAAUCCGAUAAUCAUCGAUCAAAACUAUUGUGACUCCACAAAACCAUGCGAUGAACAGAAAUCUGCUGUGGAAGUAAGUAACAUUUUGUAUAAGAACAUCAAGGGAACAAGCGCAUCAGACAUUGCUAUAGAUUUUGAAUGUAGUAAAAGUGUUCCGUGCCAUGACAUUGUGUUGCAAGACAUUAAUUUGAUCAAAGAAGGAGGUGGAACAGCUAAAAGUUCAUGCAAGAAUGUUGAGUGGACUAAAAUGGGACAGGCUUUACCUGAGCCUUGUGAUGCAAACUAG